AUGUUGGCAGAGUCCUCGCUCCUCACAGGAGACCUUCCCCAGGCCAAGAAGUCAUUGAAACAUGCGCGAGUGCUGCGGCGCCAGGCCUCAAAACUGCACCGCCAGGCGCGGAGAUGCGCGGUAGGCAACUCCUCCACGGCCCUCUUCAUUCAGUUCAAAGAGCGCGAGCUUGCACGGAGGGCCAAACUGAUCGCUGCCCAGAUUGAAGGUGGCCAGACAGCGGUGUCCAAGGUUUCGCUGCUGAAGCAUAUGGCGAGACUGCUGGCUCUUCCUCAUGCUUCGCAGUUUCAGGUGGCGCCUGGAGAGGCUCCCGUGCAAAUCAGUGCUGAGGAGUUGAGGAACGAACUGCAGCGGAGCUUUGGAGUCGCAGAGCUGCCGGGAAACCCGUUGUUGGAGCUGGAACGGUCAGAGCGAAACAUCUCCUUAACCGUGCCGCGACGGCGGAGGUGGCCAGUGGCAGCUGGCGGCUGCCUUUGA